AUGACGGACUUCAAGGGAUCGUGCCACUGCAAGCAGACGGAGUGGACGGCGACACUUCAGCCGGAUCAACAGGCGCAUAUCCUUUGUCACUGUAACACGUGCAAGGAGCUCUCCGGCGCGACAUACACGCUCAACCAGAUCAUUCCCGCCAAGGCGCUUAAGAUCACCAAGGGCGAUGACUUGGGCAAAUACACAUACAAGGGUGACUCUGGCAAGAGUGUUCACUGCUUUUACUGCAAGAACUGCACUGCGCACGUAUACCACCAGCAGGAGGUCCUCGGCCCGGACAACAUUGUUCUGAGGACCGGACUAUUGGAGCAGGGACUCAAGGACUUCAAGCCGGGCGCGGAGAUCUUUGGCAAGGAUCGCCUGCCAUGGGAGAAGGAGGUUGCGACCACUUUCGAUGUUCUGCCACCCUCAUAG